CAGCGGCGGGGCGGAGGUGGGGCGGGCCGGCGGGCGGGCGGGGCGCAGCGGGCGCUCCGGAAGAGGGAAGGAGGGAGCGGCGGCGGGAUGGCAGCGCGGGGCUCCGCGGGGGAUGCCGCGCUCCGCCGGGCGGCCGAGCAGUGGCUGCUCUGGGAUAAGAAUCCAAAAACUUACACAAUCGUCAAACAAGUGCUUGCGGAAGGAAAUGCCGGAGAACUGCAGAAAUACUUUGGCUCGCGGAUGGAGUUUGGCACAGCAGGGCUCAGAGCUGCCAUGGGAGCAGGGAUUUCCCACAUGAAUGACUUGACUAUUAUCCAGACAACCCAGGGAUUUUGCAGAUACCUUGAGAAGAAUUUCAGUGACCUGAAAAAGAGAGGAGUUGUGAUUGGGUUUGAUGCUCGUGCUGAUCUUUCCAGUGGAGGUAGUAGCAAAAGGUUUGCAAGACUUGCUGCCAAUACCUUCAUCAGUCAGGGAGUUCCGGUUUAUCUGUUCUCUGAUAUAAUACCAACUCCCUUUGUGCCAUACACAGUAACUCAUCUGAAGCUUUGUGCUGGAAUUAUGGUUACUGCUUCUCAUAAUCCAAAACAAGACAAUGGUUACAAGGUUUACUGGGAAAACGGUGCUCAGAUCAUUUCCCCUCAUGACAAAGGAAUUUCUCAGGCAAUUGAGGAGAACCAAGAACCGUGGCCUCAGGCUUGGGAUGACAAAGUGAUUGACAGCAGCCCACUACUUCAUGAUCCAUAUGCCAUGGUCAAUAAGGAGUAUUUCAAAGACAUACAGAAACAGUGCUUUUACAGGAAUAUAAACAAGGAAACAAACCUGAAAUUUGUUCAUACUUCUGUGCAUGGCGUAGGACAUAAAUUUGUGCAGUUGGCAUUCAAGGCAUUUGACCUUAGCCCUCCUUUUGCUGUUCUGGAGCAGAAAGAUCCUGAUCCAGACUUUCCUACAGUGAAGUAUCCAAAUCCUGAAGAAGGCAAAGGUGUUCUGACAUUGUCUUUUGCUUUGGCUGAAAAAGAUGGGGCAAGAAUCAUUUUAGCAAAUGAUCCUGAUGCUGAUCGACUGGCAGUGGCAGAAAAACAAGAGAGUGGUGAAUGGAAAGUGUUUUCUGGAAAUGAACUGGGAGCUCUUUUAGGCUGGUGGAUCUUCACUUGCUGGAAAAAUAACAGUAGGGAUACGCGUGCCAUUAAAGAUGUCUACAUGUUAUCCAGUACUGUUUCUUCCAAAAUCCUGAGAGCAAUUGCACUAAAGGAAGGUUUUCACUUUGAGGAAACACUAACAGGUUUCAAGUGGAUGGGCAACCGUGCCAAGCAGCUCAUGGACCAAGGGAAAGCUGUUCUUUUUGCAUUUGAAGAAGCUAUAGGAUAUAUGUGUUGUCCUGCUGUUCUGGACAAAGAUGGUGUCAGUGCUGCUGUUAUAACUGCAGAGAUGGCCAGCUUUUUGGCAACCAGGAAUUUGUCUUUGUCUCAGCAGCUGAAAGCUGUCUAUGAUGAAUAUGGCUUCCAUAUUACCAAAGCUUCCUAUUUCAUCUGCCAUGAUCCUAAAGUUAUUCAACAGCUUUUUGACAACCUUAGAAAUUUUGAUGGAAAAAACACAUACCCAAAGUCUUGUGGUAGAUUUAAAGUUUCUGGAAUAAGGGAUCUAACUACUGGGUAUGACAGCAGCCAGCCAGAUCAAAAGGCUAUACUUCCUACUAGUAAAAGCAGCCAAAUGAUAACGUUCACUUUUGCUAAUGGAGGAGUGGCCACAAUGAGAACCAGUGGGACGGAACCAAAGAUCAAAUACUAUUCUGAACUUUGUGCACCCCCUGGAAAGAGUGAUGUUGAACAGCUGAAAAAGGAGCUAGAUGAGUUGGUCAACGCUCUUGAAAAACACUUCUUUCAACCAGAAAAAAACAAACUUCAACGGAAGACUGAGUAAAAUAGCAAAAUUACUACCUUGAUUGGCUUUUGCAGCAUUAGAAGUGCAUUAUUUAAAAAGUUGAGGUUUUUUGGACCAAACAUCUGAGAACUCUGACUACAAACACUUCAGCUUUUAAGAGUUAUUUUGGGUACUCUUGGCUCUAGUAUCUUAUUUUGGAAGGAAAGUACCUUUACCCUUAAUCAACCAAAAAAAUCCAAUCAGCUAAACUAAAGGCUUUAUGAACCAAAAAUUGACUGCAAAUAUAUUUAAAUCAAAACUUGUUUUAAUUAAAUAUAAGUAAUAUUCUGAUAUCUGAAA